UCUCUCCCUCCUCACAUCUUCUUCUUCUUCUUCCUUUGUCGUCUUCAUUUUCUUCAUUCCAAUUUCUAAAAAACGAAUAAUUUAGCUACACAAGAAUAGUUAAUCCAGAGUGGUGAAUUUGACGCAGUUAUGAUGGAGUCAAGUUCUGUCCCACCAGGAUUCCGGUUCCACCCCACCGACGAGGAGCUUGUUGGCUAUUAUCUGAGGAAGAAGGUCGCUUCACAAAAGAUCGAUCUCAAUGUUAUCGGAGAUAUUGAUCUCUACAGGAUCGAACCCUGGGAUCUUCAAGAUAGAUGCCGGAUCGGAUACGAAGAGCAAAAGGAGUGGUAUUUCUUCAGCCACAAGGAUAAGAAGUAUCCGACGGGGACGAGGACUAACCGUGCAACCAUUGUGGGUUUUUGGAAAGCGACGGGGCGGGACAAGGCGGUGUACGAUAAUAAAUCGAAGCUCAUCGGCAUGAGGAAGACACUCGUUUUCUAUAAAGGAAGAGCUCCGAAUGGGCAGAAAAGUGACUGGAUCAUGCAUGAAUACAGGCUUGAAACCGACGACAAUGGAUUUCCUCAGGAGGAAGGAUGGGUGGUUUGCCGUGCUUUUAAGAAAAAAACCACCGGCAGUCAAGCCAAGAGCAUAGGCGGUGGGUGGGAGUCGAGCUACUUCUAUGAUGAACCAGGUGGUCUCAGCUCGGUGGUUGAUCCCAUGGAAUACAUGUCCAGGAAAUCCCAGAGUUUUUUACCUUUGUGUAAGCAAGAGAUGAGGGAGGCUGAUAAUUUGAACGACUUUGUUUACUCUGAUCAGUUUAUAGAGCUUCCUCAGCUAGAGAGCCCAUUAAUGAAUAAGCCAAGCUCGAUAUCUCUCGUAUCAGAGAAUAAUAAUAUUAACUACGAAGACGAAGAUCAGAAAAGAAUGUUCAACAACUCCAAGAAAGUGACUGAUUGGAGAGCCCUUGAUAAGUUUGUUGCUUCACAACUGAGUCAUGAAGAUAGAUAUAAUAAUCAACAAGAAGGAGCCUCGGUCUCAAGCUUUGAUGCCAAUAAUUGUAGUAACUUAGACAUGGCGUCGCUGUUGUUACAUAGUAGUCGAGAAGAAGGGAACACGUUGAGGGAGCUAUUGAAUUCAAGUUCAGAUUGUGAUAUCGGAAUAUGCAUAUUUGAUAAAUGAAAGGAGACGAUGAA